UCCAAACCAACAAUUUCAGCAAACUAAAUUUCACCCUGAAUUAGCUUACAUUCCACAACUAAAUCAAAAUUUUAAUCCUUAUGGUCAACAACGGUAUCCUCAAUAUCCUGUGAACCAACAACAUAAUAGCCAACAUCAAAGAAAUCCUCCUCUAAGGCCACCAAAACCAUCUCAACCAAUGGAUGUAGACGUUAGCUUUAGAACAAAUGCUAUUAACUAUGCAAACCGACCAAUGCCUGGUUUUCACUAGGUCAAAAUAAUUGACAUCAAAAACUGCCUAAACGAACAGCUGUGCUUUUGGUGGCAAAUGCGUUUUCAUUACAACAUCCAAACUGACCGAAUGUCGAUACUGCAGUGCCUUUCAAAAAAUGAUUGACCACCUGUUUUCAUUUAUGUCAAUUGUGAACAGGCAAUUGUGAACAGGCAAUUUUGACAGCUGUUAAAUUGAAGAUAUAAUUAUUUUUAACUAAGUGCGUGAAAGUGUAAAAAUGAAUAAAAAUAGAAAAAUUACAAUAGUAACUGCGGCGUUAUGUCUUAUAACGUCAUUAAAAGCUUGGAAAAAGAAAAGGACUCAGCAAAGGAAACCAAAGCAGUGGUGGAUUAGACCAGGAUUAAGGAAUCGUUGCACCAGUGGAUUUUACUCCACACUUCGAUCCAAGCUGGUUUCUCAGGACCCAAAGUGGUUGAAGAACUUCCUGAGGAUGACUCUGGAAGAUUUCGAUUUUUAGUGGUGCGUCUUACUCCAUAUAUUUACAAAAGAAACACACGAUUCCGUGAAGCGAUCUCGGUCGGUGAAAGACUGGCGGUAACACUACGCUAUUUAGCCACAGGUUAUAACUUCUCGAGUUUGAUGAGUGUUUUUCUAUUGGGGAAAACUACCAUCUGCCAUAUAGUGCAUAACACGUGUAGUGCAAUUUUUAAAGCUUUAAAGGACGAAUUUUUAAAAGUGAGUAUUCAUGCCUAUUCACGUUAGUCAGUGAUAAAAUAUAAAAUAUUUUCUAAUAAGGUUCCAAACACUCAUGAGGAAUGGACAGAAAUAGCGGAACGUUUUUACCAGCGAUGGAAUUUCCCUAAUUGUUGCGGUGCGUUGGAUGGGAAACAUAUAGCGAUUCAGGCGCCUGCGAACUGCGGUUCUGAGUAUUUCAACUACAUGAAAUACAAUAGCAUCGUUUUGAUGGCUAUGGUUGAUGCCGACUAUAAAUUUUUAUUUGUUGAUGUUGGAGCUUAUGGUCGGGAAUCUGAUGGAGGCGUUUUCGCAAGAUGUGCUCUUUCGACGGCACUUGCAGAAAACAGUUUAAAUUUUCCGCCAGCGAAGUCACUUCCACAUGAAAGUGAUGAAAUGCCAUUUGCCAUUGUAGCUGACGACGCUUUUCCUUUAAAAACAUACUUAAUGAAACCAUUCAGCUUCCGCAAUCAAGUGAUGUCGUACAAAAUAUUUAAUUAUAGGCUAUCCAGAGCAAGAAAUGUGGUGGAAAAUGUGUUUGGCAUUUGUGCAUCGCGUUUUCGGAUCCUCAGAAGACCAAUGGACGUUACUCCCGAACAUGCGACAAUUAUUGUCCUCGCGAUUUGUGUAUUACAUAAUUAUCUAUUAAUACGCAAGUCUAUAUAUAUACGAAUGUCUGACGUAGACAAAGACACAAAUGGCAUUAUCGAUCCAGGUAAUUGGCGAAUGGAGUUGGGGGAAAAUGGAAUGCUUCCAUCAGUUCGGCCAAGCAGUGUUUUAGGUAGACCAGCAGACAGCGCGAUAAAUGUCCGUGAAAGAUUUAUGGAGUAUUUCAUGACUCCUCAUGGAGAGGUUGAAUGGCAAUAUUGCAUAACUCUUCUUUGUAGUUUACUCCUAUCUUUCUCAUUUAUAAAUGUGUAA